AUGUGCCAAUCCUGUGAGGCAGCCCUGCAGCCCGUUGAGCCCUCUGGUUUCACCAAAGUCAGCGAAGACUCGCACAGGCUGAGCGAGGCCAUCAACUCCAAUCCAUAUGGUCCCAACCCGGCAGACUUCCUCUCGAACGUGCUGAGCUUUGAGUUGAUCGAGUCCACGUUAAGAGAGGGCGAGCAGUUCGCCAAUGCGUUUUUCACCACGGAGACCAAGAUCCAGAUCGCCAAGGCCUUGGAUGACUUUGGCGUGGAGUACAUCGAGUUGACGUCGCCUGUGGCCUCCGAGCAGUCAAGACGCGACUGCGAGGCCAUCUGCAAAUUGGGGCUCAAGGCCAAGAUCUUGACCCACAUCCGCUGCCACAUGGACGAUGCCAAGGUGGCGGUGGAAACCGGCGUGGACGGCGUGGACGUGGUCAUUGGCACGUCGCUGUUUUUGCGCGAGUUUUCCCACGGCAAGGACAUGACGUACAUUGCCAAGUCGGCCGUCGAGGUCAUCGAGUUUGUCAAGCUGAAGGGCGUCGAGAUCCGCUUCUCAUCCGAAGACUCGUUCCGCUCGGACUUGGUGGACUUGCUCAAUAUAUACAAGACCGUCGACAAGAUCGGCGUCAACAGAGUCGGAAUUGCCGACACCGUCGGCUGCGCCAACCCCAGACAGGUGUACGAGCUUGUGCGGACUUUGAAGUCCGUGGUCUCCUGCGAUAUCGAGUGCCACUUCCACAACGACACCGGCUGCGCCAUUGCCAAUGCGUACACUGCGUUGGAGGCGGGCGCCAAAUUGAUCGACGUGUCUGUUUUGGGCAUUGGCGAGCGGAACGGCAUCACGCCCUUGGGCGGCUUGAUGGCCCGGAUGAUCGCCGCGGACAGGGCGCACGUGUUGCUGAAGUACAAGCUCCACAAGUUGAGGGAUUUGGAGAACUUAGUAGCCGAGGCCGUGCAGGUGAACAUUCCGUUCAACAACCCCAUCACUGGGUUCUGUGCGUUCACACACAAGGCCGGCAUCCACGCCAAGGCCAUUCUUGCCAACCCCUCCACGUACGAGAUCUUGAGCCCUUCGGACUUCGGCCUCACCAGGUAUAUCCACUUUGCCAACAGAUUGACCGGCUGGAACGCGAUCAAGUCUCGUGUUGACCAGUUGAAUUUGCACUUGACUGACGAGCAGUGCAAGGAGGUCACGGAUAAGAUCAAGAAGUUGGGCGACGUGAGACAGUUGAACAUCGACGAUGUCGACUCUAUCAUCAAGGAUUUCCACCAGAACGUGUCCAUUCCCAGCUUGGACCCCGAUGCUGUUGUGCUUGCCUAG